AACCCUCACACCCAGUGCCUUCCAGACACAACCAGCCUUGCUUCGACAGUUCCGCGCCGCUUUUUCCUGCCAGCCUGUAUUCCGUAUCUUCCAAGAAUUCCCCAGCUGCGACUCCCACCAGAUUCUUCAACCCCAAGUGUGUCCAGAUAUAGAUCCCUCCUCCCCGUCUGACCAGCGCAUUCUGUCGUGCUGCCGUGUGAAAGAUCUCUUGUUCAGUCGAACCGCCCUUCGCCCUUUGUCCAUCCUCGCGAAGCGAGCAAGUGAAGACUGCCUAGAACUGAAGAAAGCCGAGCUUCGGCGUCAGAUAAACGGGACCAGCAACAUGUGUCGUGCACCAGAUAUAGUACCCAGCACUUUCGGCGCGUCGGGCUCGCCACGUUCAGCGGAGGAGAAUUGCGAGGACCCCACGCAAUGGCGCCCACAGCCGCUAAAUGCGCCGCACCCGACGGCAGGCGCUGUCUUCACGCAGCCCUGGCAUUGGAACGAACCAUCUCCGCCGACGAUUAUGCAGGAGCCGCCUAGUAUCCGUUUCUAUCACUCCCCCGCCGCGCCCUUCUACGCGUCGCUGGCGGCGGACCCCACCAUGCAGCAGCAGCACGCGCACUGGCCGCCCUCGCACUUCCCGUGGACGCCGCCUCCCGCGGCUGGUACCCCACCUGCCAUGCCGCCGCUCAUCACGCCGCAAAAGCCGCAGUCCUCGCCGCACGCAGCCGUGGCGGCGGUGCAGCCACUGCCGUUGAAGCCAGCCUUGGGAUUGCCGCCCCAGGGCAUGAUGCCGCAGCAAAGCGCAGCUCGAGAUUUGUCGUGCGAGGGGGACGCGCAUACGCGCACUGCGGAAGCUUUCGCUGGUCUGGACAACAAGAAGUAUAAACGGAUGAUGUCGAACCGGGCGUCGGCGAAGCGGUCGCGGCAGCGGAAGCAGUCGCGGCUGGAGGAGCUGGAGCUGGCGAGCGCCAAGCUGCACGUCGAAAACGCCGCCAUCACGCGCCGCCUACACGCCGCCACGGAUCACAUGCGCCGCAUGCAGCGCUGCAACGCCGCGCUGCAGGCGGAGCUGGGGAAAAUCCGCCAAGAGCUGGCGGCUGCAGGGGUGGCGGACCCAACUGGGGGGCUUGGGCUGGAGGGGGAAGGGGUUGGCGGAGGGGGGAGCGCAGACCUGGGAAAGCCGUUUCUGCUGGCAAAAGUGGAGGGGGAAGAGUUGGAUGAGGGACGAGAGGGGGAUGAGCAUAUAGACGAGAAGCACCUGGUGCUGGGGCGCGAGCAGAGCUCCAGUGACGUGGAUAGUGGACCGGGGGGUGGGCAGAAGAGGAAGUUCAGCGACGAAGAUGGGCCUGGCUUGCACCAUGGGGCUGAGGAGGAGGCGGAGGAGGAGGAGGAGGAGGAGGAGGAGGAGGAGGAGGGGGGCGGUGAUGGAGGCGAGGAAGGGGAUGAAGAGGAGGAGGCGGGAGCAGAAGGUGACGAGGUGCCGGCACGGAACGAUUCAGAGGACGUGGUGGCAGGUGAGGGGCUGAUGCAGAUGGGCAGAGGGAGACUGGUGCCUCUGGUGAUGACGGCAUUGAAUGACAGUCCCACGUCGCCCAGCGGUGUCACCGGCACUCCUGUGGGCUCACUGAACCCUGCGUACAUGGACAUGCCCUCGCAUGCCGGGCAAUAUGGCAACGCCGCAGUGCCCUCUGGUGUGGGCAGGGCGGCAUGGCAGUCUAUGGGUGCAGCACUGAUGGCAGGCUGUCACCCUGCUGCAGCCUCAGUGGCAGCUGCUGUAGUGGGGAGGGAAGUAGAGACGUUGGUGGAUGCGGAGUUUCUUGCAAGUUUGGUUGGAUGUUUUGAUAAUGAGAAACCACUAGAGGGAUUUUGAUGGCUAUGGGUGUCCAUUAUUAAGCAUUUAGUAGCAUGUCCUCUUCCACA